AUGGCUGCCCCGCACCACACAUCAGGACUAAUCGUCCCCGUUCCUCAAUCAGCCCGAUCCCAAACAGACUUGGAUGGUAUUGUGAACAGAUAUAAAGAUCUCAGGUUGCUCGGCCUCAAAGUCGAUCCAAAGGCCUUUUCUUCCAUUUACGAGGAAGAAUCCAAGUUCCCGUACGAAACAUGGCGAUCUCGGGUCGUGAAUCCAAUAGGCAGAACCUUCGUUGCGCUGGAACCCGAUACAAGAGAAGGUAUCAAAACAGAGAAUAGUGAGCAUCUGGAAACGGCGAGCAUCGAUCCCCCGGUUCAGCAACUGCUCGAAAAAGAGUGGCUGGGUAUUGUCACUCUCGUGGGGCCGGUGCCAUUCUCCGAACAGAGUGAAAGCGCGACCACAGUCCAUGCUAAACUGCACCUUGCCUUCAUCAAGGACCAGACAUAUCAGAUCCCAGUAUCGGAUUCAGAAGAGGUAGAUCUGAAGGGGGUUCAUGCUGCGUACUUGCUUGUGGGAAUGUUUGUCUUGCCAAAGGCUCGCAGAAGAGGCCUGGCCGCUCAGUUGGUCAACACAGCCAUCGAACAUGCACGCUGCGAAAGCCGUGAAAAAAAAGCAUACAAGACUGGCAUUUCGGUCCAGGUAUCACCAAGCAACAUUGCCGCGCAGGGUCUUUACGAACGAAUGGGUUUCCAUUUGAGUGAAAAGGCUAUAGUAUUGAACAGCCGGCGCGGAGGCACGGAACACGUGGUGGGUCUGGAGAUGGAAAUUGACCUGAGGGAGACCUAA